AUGAGGCUGCUGCCGAGGGAGUCGGACAAGCUGGCGCUGCACAACGCCGGCUUCCUCGCGCAGAAGCGCCUCGCCCGGGGCCUCCGCCUCAACUACACCGAGGCCGUCGCGCUCAUCGCCGCGCAGAUUCUUGAGCUUAUUCGCGAUGGAGACAAAACCGUGACAGACCUCAUGGACUUGGGGAAACAGCUCUUGGGCAGGAGACAAGUUCUUCCAGCUGUUCCAUACCUUUUACAUACUGUACAGGUUGAAGGAACAUUUGUGGAUGGAACAAAACUAGUUACUGUACAUGACCCUAUUUCCUUGGAUGACGGAAAUUUGGAGCUAGCAUUGCAUGGUUCUUUUCUCCCAGUGCCUUCACCUGAAAAGUUUUCCAGCGAUGAUGUUGAAGAAUAUCCUGGUGAAAUACAUUACAGUUCUAGUCGCAUAGUUCUAAACCUUCAUCGCAGGGCUUUAACUCUGAAGGUUGUUAACAAGGCAGACAGACCCAUUCAGAUUGGAAGCCAUUACCAUUUUAUAGAGACCAAUCCUUACCUGGUUUUUGAUAGGAAAAGGGCCUACGGCAUGAGGUUGAACAUACUUGCUGGAACAGCUGUUCGGUUUGAGCCAGGGGAUGCAAAAAGUGUUACACUUGUAAGCAUCGGAGGUCAUAAGGUAAUCAGAGGUGGAAAUGGCAUUGCUGAUGGUCCUAUUGACAGUUCACAGCUUAAUGAGGUGAUGCAGAAGGUUAAUGCAAAUAGCUUUGGACAUGAAGAUUAUCCAGAUGCAAGGGAAGGUCUUAUUGGUGAUGGUCCAUUUGACUGUACUGUUGAUCGUGAAAAGUAUGCGAGCAUUUAUGGACCUACCACUGGUGAUAAGAUUAGGCUUGGUGAUACCAAUCUUUAUGCUGAGAUUGAAAAGGACUUUGCCUUUUAUGGUGAUGAGUGCAUAUUUGGCGGUGGAAAAGUUCUGCGUGAUGGCAUGGGACAAGCUACAGGGUACCCAGAAUCUUCCUGCCUAGAUACAGUUAUAACCAAUGCUGUCAUCAUUGAUUAUACCGGAAUAUACAAGGCUGAUAUUGGUAUAAAAGGCGGACUUAUAGUUGCUAUUGGAAAGGCUGGAAACCCUGAUGUCAUGGAUGGUGUCCAUAGCAACAUGAUUGUUGGGGUCAAUACUGAAGUUAUUGCAUCUGAAGGCAUGAUUGUAACUGCUGGUGGCAUAGAUUCCCAUGUUCACUUCAUAUGUCCUCAGUUGGCAGAAGAGGCAAUUGCAAGCGGCAUCACGACAUUGGUGGGUGGUGGAACAGGACCAGCACAUGGAACUUGUGCCACAACUUGUACUCCCGCACCAUCUCAAAUGAAAUUAAUGUUGCAGUCCACUGAUCAAUUGCCAAUUAACAUGGGAUUCACAGGCAAGGGGAAUACUUCAAAGCCUGAAGGAUUGGCUGAAAUCAUUAAAGCUGGAGCAAUGGGUUUGAAGCUGCAUGAAGAUUGGGGAACUACCCCAUCUGCGAUAGAUAAUUGUUUAUCUGUUGCAGAAGAUUUUGAUAUUCAGGUCAAUAUCCACACAGAUACCUUAAAUGAAUCAGGCUGCGUGGAACAUACAAUAGCAGCUUUUAAAGAUAGAGCCAUACAUACAUAUCACAGUGAAGGUGCAGGUGGCGGUCAUGCUCCAGACAUCAUCAAAGUUUGUGGGGUAAAAAAUGUGUUGCCCUCUUCAACAAAUCCUACCCGGCCAUUUACUUCAAACACUGUAGAUGAGCACCUUGAUAUGCUAAUGGUUUGCCACCACCUUGAUAAAAACAUCCCAGAAGAUGUAGCAUUUGCUGAGUCUAGAAUUCGAGCUGAAACUAUUGCUGCUGAGGACAUAUUGCAUGACAUGGGAGCCAUAAGUAUUAUAUCAUCUGAUUCACAGGCCAUGGGGCGCAUUGGAGAGGUGAUAACCCGGACAUGGCAAACUGCAAACAAGAUGAAGGUCCAAAGAGGUAGUUUACCUGGAUCUGCUGGCUCUGCCCAGGACAAUGACAACCUCCGUAUAAGAAGAUACAUAGCAAAAUACACCAUAAAUCCAGCAAUAGUGAAUGGUUUUUCAGACUUUGUUGGUUCUGUUGAGGUGGGAAAAUUAGCUGACCUUGUUCUUUGGAAACCUUCUUUCUUUGGCGCUAAACCAGAACUGGUUGUCAAGGGAGGUGCAAUUGCAUGGGCUAAUAUGGGUGAUCCCAAUGCUAGUAUUCCAACACCUGAACCUGUUGUGAUGCGACCUAUGUUUGGUGCAUUUGGAAAGGCUGGAAGUUCCAAUUCAAUUGCAUUUGUGAGCAAGGCUGCUAAAGAAGCUGGUGUUGCAAUGGAGUACAAAUUAGAAAAGAGGGUGGAAGCUGUUGGUGGCGUUCGCCGUUUGACAAAGCUUGACAUGAAGCUCAAUGACGCCCUUCCGAAAAUAGAAGUAGACCCUGAGACCUACACAGUGACUGCUGAUGGAGAGGUUUUGACAUGCCAACCAGCACCCACAGUACCACUGUCUCGGAAUUACUUCCUAUUCUAG